AUGUCGCCGGUGACCGUACGGGACGCGCGCCGCGAUGAUCUGCUUGUCAUCCACCGCAUGAUACACGAGCUGGCGACGUUCGAGGGCAUGCCGGAUGGCCCGCAGCUCAGCGUGGCAGAUCUGGAGGAGGACGGGUUCGAUAGUUCACCGCCGUGGUACUUCCUGUUGAUAGCGGAACACGAGGGUGAGAUCGUUGGCUAUGCGAUGUGCAACCGUGCCUACUCGAGUUGGACGCGGCGCGCUUUCUAUUUGGAGGACUUGUAUGUGGUGCCAUCGCUGCGGCGGGCGGGCGUCGGUCGCGUGCUGCUGCAGGAGCUGUGCACGCGUGCGUUGUCCUGCGGCGUGCAGCGCGUGGACUGGCACGUGGCGGCGAACAACCAAGCCGCGCGCAAGUUCUACGCGCGGCUUGGCGCGCGUGACCUGCAGCUCAGCGAGGGUCGCCUCGCGCUGCGCCUUGAUGCGCCGCGCAUACAAGCUGUCGCGCACGGAAACCUGCUGCCCGCCGGUGACGUGCUCUGCGACUGA